AUGGUCGAUAAUAGAGGUUCCACGAUGCCGCCUGGUCACAGAGCCACGAUAGGGCAUCUCCAGACGUUUGAACUUCCCGAAUCUCUCAGUGGAAAUGCAGCAGAUAAGGCUUUGGGAAAGAGCAUGAUCGAUGCUUGGAGGAAAGACGGUAUCCUCCAAAUCUCUAUGGACCCUAUCAACCGCAAGCUCGCUGAUGCAGCAUUCCUUUGCAGCAAGAAGUUCUUCAGUCUAGACUACAACAAGAAGGCAUCUUGUCUGGAUGAUCAAUCUUUCGCUGGAUACAUUGCGUCGGGCGAAGAGAUCACAGAUAACAUCGCUGACUAUAGCGAGAUCUUCACCGUCACCAAAGAUCUUGCACUGUCUGAUUUCCGUGUCCAGCAGAAGUGGCCAUGCCAUGGACCUUGUCCAUGGCCAUUUGGUCAGAUGAAGACUGUGAUGCAAGCUUAUAUGGAUUACCUUGGUGAGAGUGGCGAGAAGAUGCUGCAGCUCAUUGCCUGGGGGCUUGGUAUGGAGGAUGGCAAUGCCCUCACAAGGUAUACACAGGAUGGCUGGCACCAUAUGCGCAUCCUGCGUUUCCCUGAGGCGAACAACGUCAAUGGCAAGGGAAAAGCCGGACGCGGAAUUGGCUCGCAUACAGACUACGGACUACUUGUGAUUGCCGCCCAGGAUGACGUUGGCGGUCUCUUCAUCCGCCCUCCGAUCCAAGGUGAGACGUUUGCCAACUGGAAGGAGAGUGCAGCUGGCAAGCACGAGGAUGCCGAUGGCUGGGUCUAUGUCCCACCCGUACCUGAUGUCUUCACCGUGUUUCCUGGCGAUAUGAUGCAAUACAUCACUAACUCUUUCCUUCCCUCCACGCCACACAAAGUCGGCCUCAACACUCGUGAGCGUUUCGCGUUCGCUUACUUCCAUGAGCCAAACUUCUCCGCUGUUAUGAAGCCUUUACCAGGCUUUGAGGCUAGAGAUCCUAUUAGUGGAAUCCACUACGGAACUCAUUUUACGAACAUGUUCAUGCGGAACUAUCCAACAAGGGUCACCGCCGAUCGAAUAAGAGCUGAAGACAGAAUGGCCUUAUUAGAAUCACCAAGCCUUCGCGAGCUAUCGCUCUAG